AUGCGCGGAAGCCUCCUCGCCCUCGCGCUCCUCCUCGCGCUCCUCCUCGGCGUCGCGACCGCGGCGGAGCAGGACCACUACGGCGUCCUCGGCGUCCGUCGCGGCGCGACCGCGAACGAGAUCAAGCGCGCGUUCCGACGACAGUCGCUGCUGCUCCAACCAGACAAAGCGAGAUCCGCCAAUUGGAAGUUUUCGCGAUCGACGAAGAACGCGCGUGACGGCGACGACGACGACGACGACGACGACGGCGGCGACGACGACGCGACGUCGGUCGAGACGGGGUGGCAGCGGUGCGUGGCCGCGCAUGACGUGCUGAUCGACGCGGACGCGCGCGCGGCGUACGACGCGGAGGAGGAGGCGCGCCGCGAGCGAACGGCCGCGGCGAGGAGAGCGAGCGCGAGGGCGUCGAAGAAGAAGAAGAGAGGCGCGUCGUCGUCGUCGUCGCCGCGGACGACGACCGCGACGACGAACGGCGCGCUCCCUCUCCCGACCACCCUGGACGCGCUUUCGCUUCGACGCGAGCUCUCGUACGCGGACCGCCCGCUGACGUUCGUGCUCUACCGCGGCGGCGCGUGGUGCGAGGUGUGCGACGACGCGGAAACGCACUUCUUCGAACCCGCGGCGCGGCGGAAACUCGCGGGGGUGGCGCGCGUCGUGAUCCACCACUGCGACGACGACGCCGAGCUCGACGACGCGCGGGCGACGCACGCGCGCGCCGCCGCCGCCGCCGGGCGUGACGGUGAUGAAACGGUCGCGCCGUGUGCGUUACUUCACUUGGACGCGGACCACCUCCCGAUGGUCCUCGCGUACGGCCCGCGCGACGCGGAGAUCGAAUCCGGCGCGCAGAUCACGAAACCCGUCUUCGAGUCCGAGGAGGAGCUUAACGACGCGCUGACGUUCGUCGUGGACGCGACGGUCGCCGCGCACGGCGCCGGGAUCAUUCAGGGCGCGCGCGAAGGCCGCGCCGCCGCGGACGCGGACUGCGACGUCGGAUUGGGCGCGGACGACGCGGAGGACGUGCGAGCGGCGAUGCGGGAACGGCGCGAGGUGGACGCGGCCAGGCGCGCGGGUGGCGGCGGCGGCGGCGGCGGCGCCGCCGCCGGGGGAGGUAGGGCGGUAGAGGUAGAGCUGGAGUUGGCGAGGGCGCGGCGGCGACGGGAGGCGCGCCUCGCCGCGGCGAAGAGAGAGAAGGACGCGCGAAAGGCGGAGCGACGGCGGAACCGGGACGCGUAG